UCCUUAAAAGUGAAUGUUUCAUUUCGUUUUCACUGUUGUUUCGUAUUCAUUUAUUUUUAUAUUUUUAAACGAUAAUGGCUACAAUAGAGCAGAUCACAGAACAAAAAGGUCAAAGAGGUAGAAUGAUAAUUAGUCAAUGCAGAAUUUGUUAUCGCCAGGCAUGGAAUGAUUAUUAUGGAUGCGAGGCGUGCAAACGUUGUCUUCAGUUUGUCUUCACAACAAUCAUUAACAGAAGUUGCUACGAAUGCUCUAUAAAUGGUGACUGCAAGCCGGUUUAUAAAUGUAAAUUUUGUACUUUACAGACAUGUUAUAAGAAGGGUUUAAAACCGAUCAGGUUUGGAAUACAUUCUCGAGGAUAUUAUCUAAGGGAUAAAGAAAUUCUGCUACAUAGAGUUCCAACUAGAGCACCGAAUAACUAUUACUUACUAAAAGAGUUCCUAAAAUUUAAAGUUUUUCUCAUCUCAACACUGAAAGAUGUUUCUUUAUGGAUAAUAGAAAAUAUGCCGAUAACAGCAACAAACAGAAUGGACCUAUAUCCGAUAAAAGCUAUAACCUUGCAGAUCGUAGAAGAAUCACUUGUUGCUCACGAUGUUCUAAAACUGGAAAAUUAUUAUCUCGAUCCGUACAAAUGUAAAAUCGAACAAUUUCAAUACUUGACAAUGCAGAUUUUGAUACUGAUGCGAGUGAUGAGAGAGAGAUUUUCUAAUGGAAAAAUUGACUUUAAAACGAAGAUUCAUUUAAUAUAUUUUGAAGGGCCAAGAAACGAUCGCGUUAUACAUCACGAAAGUCUUCAUCAGCAACUGAGAGAAAUUGCUAUUUUGAUGAACGCCUGCUUCAGAUAUUUGCAAGAGUUUUCUUAAAUGCCGAUUGUUAUAAAAAAAUUUAACUUUUAUAAGACAUUUUUAAUGAAUUUUAUUUUUAUUUUUUAUUAUAAUUGGUUUUAUAUUUACGAAUCUCUGAGUAUCUCUGACAUUUGGUACACGUUUCGAUAUAAUUCAAUAAGAAUUACUAACAAUCAUCUGAUUUUAUUGAA